AUGUCGAGGAGGUCGACAAUAAGCGCAUUAUGCGCAAGCAAUGGCGCUCUCGAGUCUGCCACGAGGAGGAUAGUUGGGUCUACACCACGAACAUUCUCUUCGACUGCUCGACAAAAUGCGAGCAUCGGACACUUCACACCCACAUCCUCCCCCCAACUCGACGAGCUCCUCAACAUGAUCCGUCAAAAGAUCAUCCUACCAGCCUACCUACCCCGCGAGCAACGCAAGAAGCUCUACUCGCCCAAAUACGAGAAGAAACUCAGAUCAGACCCCGUCACCAUCGAGAUCGACGGCGAGGUCAUACGUUUCCGGUACACAAACCCAUUCAUCGAAAUGCCUCAGACCCGCCGCUCCGUCCUAAGCGCCAUCUCCCAAUUCCAAACCGCGGACGACUUCGUCAACCUACAGCCCUUAAUAGAAGGCACGGCCAAAGCGCAACGCACAUUCGACCCGUCUUUCUACUGCAAAGUAAUCCGAAUCCUCGGUCAACGAGACCGUAUCUACGAUGCCAUCGAGUUGGCGCGUAGUGUCUCACGAACGGAUUUCCGUCUUGAUUGUAGCGAGAAGGUAAACGAGAUCUUACAUUUCGUCCAGAUGAAAGCUGUGGAUGCGGAUUGGGAUCCCGUGGUAACGGCUCGUGUUUUACGCUGGUCGGAGAUGGUGCUGGAAAUGCUCGAGGAAGAGGAGCACCAGCCAGAGCAGCGUAAGAGUGAUGUUCCUCGUAGGGACGUGUUGCCGUUACAUCGCGAUCCUAUGGUUCUUCUAGCACCGUUACAUCUUGCCGCUUCUUUGUUAGCGAAGCUAGGAACUGAGGCCGGAGCCGCUGCCGUAGCCGCAGCUGAGAGUAAAGCGGAAGCGGAAGCUGACACUGAGGCUGAAGUUAAAAUACCAAGCAAGGAGGAGGUCAGAGAAAAGCUAAACAAAUACGCGAAUGACAUAGUCAGACUAUGGCCCGAAGGCAAGAAGUUGAUGGAGAUACAACCAAAAGAUCUGUACGAAACGGAGGAUAAGAUGGAAUACCUAACUGUACCCAACAAGUUUGUUGUCAUAGCCACACCCUUACUAUACGGCCUCGAAGCAGCUAUCCCCCUCGUCGAGCCGGAACUCGCAGCACAAUUAAAAUCAAGGCGGGAUAUCCUAGCUGCCGAGGUACAGCAGGCGCGGAAGGAAGCUGGUGCGAAGCCCGGGAAGAGAGGGGAGAUAGUAUACCAGAAGAUUUACGGUGAUGCGGCAUGA